GGCGGCGGGAGCCGGGUACCGCGGUGCCGCCCGCUCCACCGUGUGUCCCUGCGGUGUUCGAGCAGUACCAGAAAGCCCGGACCCAGUUCGUGCAGAUGGUGGCAGAGCUGGCGACCAGACCCCAAAACAUCGAGACCCUGCAGAACGCGGGUGUAGUGUCUUUGCUGAGACCUCUUCUUCUGGAUGUGGUCCCAACAAUUCAACAGACUGCUGCUUUGGCUCUUGGGAGACUGGCUAAUUAUAAUGAUGACCUAGCAGAAGCAGUUGUGGAGAGCGACAUUCUUCCACAGCUUGUUUAUUCAUUGGCAGAACAGAAUCGUUUUUAUAAGAAAGCAGCUGCCUUUGUGUUACGAGCAGUUGCUAAACAUUCUCCUCAACUGGCUCAGGCAGUAGUUGAUUGCGGAGCACUGGAUGCACUGGUGAUAUGCUUGGAAGAUUUUGACCCUGGAGUGAAGGAGGCUGGAGCCUGGGCACUUGGAUAUAUUGCAAGACAUAAUGCAGAACUGUCACAAGCUGUGGUGGAUGCGGGAGCGGUUCCUCUUUUAGUACUUUGUAUCGAGGAGCCAGAAAUUGCUUUGAAAAAGAUUGCUGCUUCGGCUCUCAGUGAUAUUUCACAGCACUCUCCAGAGCUGGCGCAGACAGUGGUGGAUGCGGGAGCGAUUGCUUACUUAGCCCAGAUGAUCCUGAACCCUGAUGCUAAAUUGAAGCGUCAGGUCCUUUCUGCUCUCAGUCAGAUUGCAAAACAUACUGUGGAUCUGGCAGAAAUGGUGGUUGAAGCAGAGAUUUUCCCAGUUGUACUUACCUGUCUGAAGGACAAAGAUGAAUAUGUGAAGAAAAAUGCUUGUACUUUAAUUAGAGAAAUUGCAAAACAUACACCGAAGCUUUCACAGUUGAUAGUUAACACAGGGGGAGUUGCUGCCGUGGUCGAUUGCAUUGGGUCCUGCAAAGGCAACAUAAGGCUGCCUGGAAUCAUGAUGCUUGGUUAUGUCGCGGCUCAUUCUGAGAACCUGGCGAUGGCAGUGAUCAUUUCCAAGGGUGUGCCCCAGUUGUCAGUCUGCUUGUCAGAAGAACCGGAAGAUCAUAUUAAGGCUGCUGCUGCUUGGGCCUUGGGACAGAUUGGGAGACACACUCCGGAGCAUGCGCGGGCUGUGGCAGUCACAAAUAUUUUGCCAGUUCUGCUUUCUUUGUACAUGUCAACAGAAAGCUCUGAGGAUCUUCAAGUAAAAAGUAAAAAAGCCAUAAAGACUAUCCUACAAAAAUGCACCUAUCUACCAGCCCUUGAGCCACUUCUAUAUGAUGCCCCUCCCAAUAUUCUGAAGCAUGUGGUUGGACAGUUCAGUAAGGUGCUGCCACGUGAUAACAAAGCUCGACGACUUUUUGUAACAAGUGGUGGACUUAAAAAGCUUCAGGAGAUAAAAGCAGAACCUGGAUCUCUCCUUCAAGAAUACAUCAACAGCAUCAACAACUGUUACCCAGAGGAAAUAGUGAGGUAUUAUUCUCCUGGAUAUUCAGAUAUACUUCUGCAGAGACUGGACAGCUACCAAGCAAAUAUUAAUUAAGCAAAGUUAUAUUUGUAUACUCAAAUUACUACAGAAUACAUAUGACUAACAGUUAUUAAAGAUCUUUGUAAAUAUUUGAACUAAUUACAUUCUAGAUUUAUUCAGUGUGAAAUAUCUUUGAAUAAUAUUUUCUAAAUUUAUGUAAUACUUUAAAAA